AUGGAGCGGGAGCAGGAGAAGAAGCUGAAGCUGCUGGUGAAUCUGGCAGUGGCACUCUCGAUCCUCUCGUCUUCGACCGGAGCGGCCGAAUACGUGAGGCCCCAGCCUCGAAAGACUCUCGACUUCUCCGAGAGGAUCCGCAGCAGAGACCGGUGGGGAAGCGUCUUGGCGUCGGCGGCGAGCUGCGCGGCUACCGACCUGGAUCUCGAGCGAGGGAGGGAGAGCUCAUCCCAUCUCUGUGCGGCCGACCUGGAUCUCGACCUGGAUCUCGAGCGAGGGAGGCGAGCGGCCGUCCUGGAUCUCGAGCGAGGGAGCAUUAUCAGUGGUACCAGAGCCGUAAAUGAUCUUGAGGGACCUGUGAAUGAGUGUUUGAGAGAUCUUCAGUAUAAGAUGGAGGCAGGUUCGAGUAGAAUGUUUGCCAUAGCACCACCAUUAUUUGAUGGAGAGAAUUACCAAGCAUGGCCUGUAAAGAUGGCAGCCUACAUGGAGGGUAGUGAUUUGUGGGAAGCAAUAGAGCAGGAUUAUGAAGUAGCCUCUCUUCCCGACAACCCAACCAUGAAUCAGAUUAGGUAUCACAAGGAGAGAACCACCAAAAAAGCUAAGGCAAGGUCAUGUCUUUAUGCUGCAGUUUCUCCUACUAUUUUCACUAGAAUCAUGAGACUUGGUUCUGCAAAGGAAAUUUGGGAUUUUCUUAAAGUUGAAUAUGAAGGAAAUGAGAAAGUUAGAAGCAUGGAAGUGUUGAAUUUAAUGAGAGAGUUUGAGAGACAGUAG